CUUUCCCAUCCCAUCUUCUUCACUCCACCCUCGCUGCCCUGGAACUGGAAGACACAUACCCUCAUCUUCUCAUUGUUCGUCGACUCUGAAGUGUUGUCAGAAACUCUCUCUCUCUCUCUCUCUGGGUUCAAAUAAUCUCCAUGAAAAGAUCGCGUUCUGCAGACCGUUCAGAUUUCUGUGGGAGGAAAACGUUGUGGUAGCAGUGUUGGUUAUUUUGAAGCUUAAUCUCGAGACAAAUUUUCUAGAAAAAUUGUAGAAUGCCGCGGGAUCUGUCGAGAUCACCAUCAUACCGGAGACGGCGUUCGCCGGCCUCAGUGGGUCACAGGUAUAGCAGGAGAAGCCGCAGAGACAGAAGCCGUUCUCCGUAUUCAUCUUCAUAUUCUUACAGCAGGUGAUCCCGUUUAUUUUGCUACCUUUUUAAGUUUUGAUUUACUUUUUGUUUGUUAUUGGCUUUUUGAGCGAGAAAAAACUUUCAUGUAACGGGGGACGCACAUAUCUUAUUUUUUAUGCGGAACAGAGAUACAUAAUUGUGCGAGAUUUUAAUAUGUACGCAUCUGAUACUUUGCUAUUUAGUUUACGUUAAUGCAAUGAGAAUGGUGAGGAUAGUUCAAUCUUUGAAAUUCUUAGACUAGUUUAUCAUACAAUUUGAGAGAAGUUAGUUCAAUCUUUGAAAUUCUUAGACUAGUUUAUCAUACAAUUUGAGAGAAGUUUGUUUAUACCUAGGUGCACGUACACGAUUUAUUUUUUAAAUUGAUGAACAUGUUCUAUCUAAUCUAUUGAGGAAGGUAUCUGUUAUGUUUCAUUUUAAUAGCAGUUUAUUCAAUUAAUAUAACAUCUCCGGAGAAACAUGAAUGCCUCUGUGUUUUUGGAAGUGUGGUCAAACUUUUAAGACUUUGAUUUUCUUCCGAAUUUCAGUAAACUUUUAUUUCAUUGUAUAAAAAAGGGACAUGCACUUUUUUUUGGAGUAUUAAAAUUGCACGUAGACAUCCAUGUGUCGCUUCGACUCCCUAACUUGGUUUGAGAAAUAGACAGGCAGUGAUUUGAUAUGGUUUUACCGCUUGUUGCUUAUUAAUUUUUCUUUGUUGUUUUAUAUUUUUUAGUGGACAGCAGUUGAUAGUUAAACAGUGUACUUUUGGUAUUUGUACUACAAUUUGCUGCCCAGAGAAUCUCCCAUUUUCAUGAGUACCUUGAUGAUAUACAUGCUAAGCUUGGCGGCCAUCAUGCUAUUGUUCAAGUAAUUUCCUUUUUGUCUUUGAGUGGCUAAUCAUGUUGGUCAACAUUUAAGCACGGAUGGGUCAUAUGACAUUUGGGGUACUUAUAUUUUAUGUGGAAAAUCAGAAAGAUUCCCUAUAUAAAUAUUGGGAGCAAAACACUUGGAAUGCUAUGGGAGGGAGGGAAAAAAAUAGAAUGCAUGUUCUUUAUAAGAAAUUUAAAAUGCCACAGUUUCUUCCCAUCAAAUGGGAAGUGAGCAGGUGAUGUGUGCGGAUGGGUUUCCUUUUGUUGCUCGGUUGUGACAUUUGCUUCCUCAUGUGAUAAAAGAUGGAGCACAAAGGUUAAUCUUAACAUUGUAUGAGGCGGAAAAGUCGCUCUAUAUCCCCAAGGCGCCACAAAAGUCGUUCUGCAACUCCAAGGCGUCGUAAGAGUCGUUCUCCAUCACCAAAGCGUUAUAAGAGGCAAAGAAGUAGGAGUACCUCAUUGUCUCCUAUAAAUAAAUCACCUAGUUCAAGUCUUGGGUCGAUAGAACGCAAUUAUGCCACUGAAAAAUUUAAAAAAGAUGAAGAAGAGAAGAAAAGGCGUCAACAGGAAGCAGAGUUGAAACUGCUAGAAGAAGAAACUGCAAAAAGGGUGGAAGAAGCAAUACAAAAGAGAGUUGAAGAGAGCCUCAAUUCAGAAGGGAUCAAACUGGAAAUACAGAAGCAAUUAGAGGAGGGACGAAAGAGGCUGCAUGAUGAGGUCGCAGCUCAACUUGAGAAAGAAAAAGAAGCUGCUCUUAUUGAAGCAAGACAAAAAGAGGAGCAAGCUCGGAGAGAAAAAGAAGAGCUAGAGAAAAUGCUUGAAGAGAACCGCAGGAAGGUGGAAGAAGCUCAGAGAAGGGAAGCUUUAGAGCAGCAGCGGAAAGAGGAGGAGCGGUACCGGGAAUUGGAACAGAUUCAAAGGCAAAGAGAAGAGGCUAUGCGGAGGAAGAAACAGGAAGAAGAGGAAGAACGGGCAAGGCAGAUGAUAUUAUUGGGUAAAAACAAGUCCCGUCCGAAGGUAUCUUUUGCAUUUGGUUCAAAAUGACUGUUUGCCAUUAGGUUAAAAAAUGAUUGUGGACAGUUUCUUCUCUUGAAUAAGAUGUUAAGCUGUGAGUCCAUAUUUUCAUUUGUAAUUUUCAGAAAAUGGUUUGGUAUAUAAACGGUUUUCCA